AUGUUCAAAAUAAACUUUAGUCUGGAAAAAUUUGGUACAACUUGCGGAUGGAUAUUCUUAGCCAUUUCAUUGUACUUAGCAGUGACGACCAUUCAAAUCUUUAACUACAUAAUAUUUGAAAAAUCAACAGAACCCGAAGAUACCACCGAAAAGCGUGUUGUCGCAGUUUUAUAUCUUUUGGUAUGUGUUUCAACAUUUAUAAGAUCUUCUGUGAUUUCGUACCAGCUGAUCGAUGGAAUCAGACAACAAAAUCCUCGUGAAGUUAUGAAGUUUAACAUGUUGAUGAUUGAAAUACUUUUCAUAAUGGCUUUAAUUCAAUCAUUUUUGAUAUUUAAAAGAAACUUCGUACAAGCGGCUUGUUUAAUAGUUUUCGAAAUUAUAGUUUUUAUCGUCUGCUUUUACAUCAAUGAAUUGAAAAAGAAGUUUGAGAAGGAAAUUGAAUUAUUCAAUUGUGAAGGAAUAGAUUUGACUGCUACCCCUGUCCAACAUAAUCUUCAUAUUUAA